AGCACUAUGGGGUGGAGCAGGGAGAGGAGAAUAGGGGGAAAGGAAAGGGGAAAGGAAGAGGAGGAUAGGGGGAAAGGGAGAGGAGGACAGGGGGAAAGGGAGAGGAGGACAGGGGGAAAGGGAGAGGAGGACAGGGGGAAAGGGAGAGCAGGAUACGGGGAAAGGGAAAGGAGGACAGGGGGAAAGGGAGAGGAGGACAGGGGGAAAGGGAGAGGAGGACAGGGGGAAAGGGAGAGGAGGACAGGGGGAAAGGGAGAGGAGGACAGGGGGAAAGGGAGAGGAGGACAGGGGGGGAGGGGGAGGAGGAAGGGGGGAAAGGGAGAGGAGGAUAGGGGGACAGGGAGAGGAGGAAAAGGGGGAAAAGGAGAGGAGGAGAGGGGGAAAGGGAGAGGAGAAUCGGGGGAAAGGGAGAGGAGGACAGGGGGAAAGGGAGAGAAAGGGGAAAGGAAGAGGAGGAUAGGGGGAAAGGGAGAGGAGGACAGGGGGAAAGGGAGAGGAGGACAGGGGGAAAGGGAGAGCAGGAUACGGGAAAGGGAAAGGAGGACAGGGGGAAAGGGAGAGGAGGACAGGGGGAAAGGGAGAGGAGGACAGGGGGAAAGGAGAGGAGGACAGGGGGAAAGGGAGAGGAGGACAGGGGGAAAGGGAGAGGAGGACAGGGGGGGAGGGGGAGGAGGAAGGGGGGAAAGGGAGAGGAGGAUAGGGGGACAGGGAGAGGAGGAAAAGGGGGAAAAGGAGAGGAGGAGAGGGGGAAAGGGAGAGGAGAAUCGGGGGAAAGGGAGAGGAGGACAGGGGGAAAGGGAGAGUAGGACAGGGGGAAAGGGAGAGGAGGGUAGGGGGAAAGGGGUAGGAUGAUAGGGGGAAAGGGAGAGGAGGAUAGGGG